AUGAAGCAAUACAUAGCCUUAUGUUUAUUAUUAUUGUGUAUUUCGAGAUAUCAAGCACAAGAUCCCACAACAACUCCAGGAACUGAUUGGAAUGGUGAUCCGAAAAUAUGUACAGUCGAUACAUCGGGCCCAUCUCCAACUGAUAGACCUCAGCCAAUAUUUCCUAAACAAGCGGAAUUCGCACUAGAAAGAGUAGAAAUAAGACAUCUAUAUGACGCAACAGAAUCAAGUGAAUUAACGAUGUAUCAAUAUUUAUAUGAUUAUGAUGCAAAUAAAUUAAUCUUGAUUAAAAAUUCUCAAGGUUUAAUUGAUGUUGAAUAUUUUCAUUAUGAAACAUUAAAGAAAUCAACUUAUCUUCGUCAACAAGUUUGUAUAGUUACUGACAUUGCACAAAAUAUUGAAAUGGAUGGAACAUCAGCUAUGGAGUCACAAAAUCAGACAUGGCAUAUUCGCCCAUUAAAUGAAUUUCUUCUAUUCUCAAGUUUUGAUCCACGACGACCAGUAAUUCGACCAAAAUAUAUAGGUCAAAGUAUAGUACGUGGGAUCCCAGUCGAUCAAUGGGAAACAUGUAUAAUCGAUAAAACUCAAUUUCGAACUACACGACGUGAAUGGUCAUUUGCUCAAAAAGGUUUUAUGUUACCAUCUGGUAUUGUUGGUGACUUAGCUGUACCAAUUCGAGCAAUUAUAAAUGCGUCUGUUAUAUUUGCAAAUGGUACACAAUUUGCAGAAGUUGAUGAAAUAUUUAAUGUUCAUUCAUAUAGACCAAGUAUAAUAGAAAGUAAUGAUCAAUUAUCUCCACCAAAAGGUGUCUUUUGUGAUAGUGGUUUUGGUCAACAUUUAAUAUCUCUUCGUGAUGCUGGUAUUGAGUGGCCUGAACGAUUUUCUGUUCGUGUUGAAGCAUCAACAUCACGUUCUGAACAAUGGCAAAGAUUUCAUGUACGUUAUCAACAUCCUGAACGUGGUCCAAGACGUAUUCGUUAUGACUAUUUACCACCAGGAUCCACCGAAGAUUUUCAAUCGAUUAUACAUGAUUUUGGUGAUAAUUUAACAUAUAUUAUUGAUCAUCGUGUAGGUUCAUGUAAAAUCAAUCGUGGUGUAGAAUAUCCUGAUGUCAAUCCAAUUCUUGAUCCAAUUGGUUUUUUUAUUAAACAUGAACGUAGAUUUAUUUAUCGUGGUCGUGAUCCAAUCUGGGAAUUAAAUGGCGUUCGAUCAUGUCGAGGUGAUACAAUCAAAUGUGCAGCAGUGACAAGUUCUGUUGAGCAAUUUCCUGUAAUGGUAGAUAUUGAUACUGGUAAACCAAAUGGUGAAAAGUGGUCAGCAACAAGUAUUGAAUAUGGAUGGUCGAUGCGUGCUCCUUUUGCAAGACCACCAUCUGACAGAAAUAGACAUUUUGAUUAUCCCGUAUAUUUAUUUUUAAGAAUGUAUCGAUUUAAUGAUCCAUCCUAUCCAUCAUUAACUGAUAUGCAUACAGAAGAUAUUGAAUAUGAAUUUUAUGAAAUGUCUCAUGAAGUUAAUCCAAGCGAUUUUGAUACAAGUAUAUGUUAUCGUUCACUUCAUUAUGAUUAUUUACAUUUAAGUUUUACACUGCAACUCAGUAAAGGUAAUGCCAUUGAUGGAAAUCAUUUAGAUAGACGAUUACUUGAAAGAGAAAUUCAUGGUAAUUUGGUCUCUUAUACGGAUACUAGCUAUUCACGUAUUACUGAUAUUCAAGUUGAUCAUGAACAUAAUACGAAUGAAGUAACUGUAUUCUUUACUUUACUUGGUCCAACACCAGCACCUGAAUCACCAAGUGGUAUUGAUGAAAAUGAAGCUAAAACUAAUCAAUCUCGAAGUCGGCUUGAACAAAUAAUUAAUGAUGGAAAAUUUGAAUUCCUAAUGAAAUUAAUAGAUGAUAAUAGUUCAACUGUUCAUUUUCAAGCUGUAAAAGGUUCCUUAAAAGGCUCAAAAGAAUUUAUAUCAUCACAUGCAGUUGGAAAACAAGUUAUUAAAGAAACUUAUUCAAGUGGUUCACAAGCUGGUGCUGUUAUAGGAGGAAUUCUUGUUGGUCUUCUUCUUGGUGUUCUUUUAGCAGCCGGUAUUCGAGUUAUACGUGAGAAACCGAUGCCAAAUAUACCACAUAUGCCGACUUCAAUUACAAAUCCUUUACCUUCUAUUAGUUUUUACAAUAAAAAACCAACAGAAGAGACAAAAACUACAUCUGAUGCGUGA